AUGACGAUGAGGAUGAUAGCGACAGCGUUCAUCCUUGGCUCACCAUCUUCACUGGCUUCUAAAAGUGAGGUCAAUGACAGAUGGCGGAGGAUGCUAUCUGCAGUCGAUCCCACUCUCCAUCUUCAAUUUGCAAUGGCGAAGAGUGCGUGGUAUGGCAGGAGAAGCAUUUUCUACGAUGUCAUUGUUGAUGGUGACCAGUGGUGGCUUCUACGGUGGCCAGCAGACGUUUUUGUGGUGCGUGAUGGGGUGGCAGUGGCUAUCUUGGGUGGAGGUCUCAUAUCCAUCAUGAUUGAAUUUUUCUCAACUUUCUUUCAAAAUCUGGUGCAUUGGAUAAGCCAGUGGGAUAUUUACACGCUCAUAUUUCUUGCUUUCUUGGCCGUUUUCGCCAUCCCAAGUUAUGCAAGGGUCUGCUUUGUCAAAUAUGGUUCCAACACACUCCCAGGUCCACCAGGCCUACCCUUGUUCGGCAAUCUUCUGUGUCUUCAUCCCCAGCUUCACUCUUACUUCACCUCUCUGUCUAAAAUCUAUGGUCCCAUCUUUUCCCUCCGACUUGGUGCCAAACAUAUCAUCGUCCUUUCCUCCCCUUCGCUGGCUCGUCAAGUGCUCAAAGACCAUGACCUCACUUUCGCUAACCGCAGCGUCACCGUCGCCGGCAGGGUCGCAUUCUACGACGGGAGCGACAUACUUUGGACCCCUUAUGGACCUGAGUGGCGGAUGCUGAAGAAAGUGUUUGUGCAAUGGAUUGUCAGCAACUGCGCCACGGAUUCUCUCUGUGCGCUCCGCCGCAAGGAGGUUCAAAAAACCGUGGGUUAUUUGUAUAGUCGGGUGGGAUCUCCGGUGGAUAUUGGGCAGCAGAUGUAUCUUACAGUUUUGAACAUCAUAACGAACAUGAUAUGGGGUGGGACGGCGGCGGAAGAGGAUGAUGAGAUGAUGAUGAAGGGAGCAGAGUUCAGGAAAGUGGUGGCGCGCAUUGUAGCACUGCUUGGGAAGCCCAACAUAUCGGACAUAUUUCCGUGGUUGGCUCUGUUUGAUUUGCAGGGUGUGGAGCAACAAAUGCGUUUAGCGGUUCAGCAGUUCGACCAGAUCUUUGAGAAGGUGAUUAAGCAGCGGUUGAAGAAGAAAGAAGAAGAGUAUAGCAAGGAUUUCUUAGGGUUUUUGUUGAAAUUGAAGGGUGAACAUGAUUCCAAGACGCCACUCACCAUCACCCAAGUUAAGGCACUUCUCAUGGAUAUGUUGGCGGGUGGAACUGAUACAACCGUGAACACAAUGGAGUUUGCAAUGGCUCAGAUUUUAAACAAUCCGAAGGUAAUGAAGGGAAUCCAAGAAGAACUAGAAACUGUAGUGGGAAGAGAAAACAUGGUGCAAGAGUCCCAUAUCGGCAAACUACCAUACUUGUUUGCUGUUAUGAAGGAAACUCUCAGGUUGUACCCUGUUGGUGCCCUAUUAGUUCCUCAUUGUCCAAGUCAAGCCACAAACGUGGAAGGCUACAAAAUCCCAAGAAGCUCUCGUGUGUUUGUGAAUGUGUGGGCCAUACAUAGAGACGCUUCGGUUUGGGACAAUCCUCUUUGCUUUGAUCCUACCAGGUUCUUGGAUGCUAAAUGCGAUUAUAGAGGGAAUGACUUCAAUUAUUUACCAUUUGGGUCUGGACGAAGAAUUUGUGCAGGAAUAGCUCUGGCUGAGAGGAACUUUAUGUAUUUGAUGGCAACGUUAAUCCAUUUGUUUGAUUGGAGGGUACCCGAAGACCAAAAGUUAGAUGUGUCUGAGAAGUUUGGUAUUCUCCUCAAGAAGAAAACACCUUUGGUUGUCAUCCCCACACCACGCUUAUCUAACUCAGCCCUUUAUUUGUAGAAUACAUAAAUGUAGGAUUAGGUCUAGUGAAAAAAAUAAGUAUUUCACAACAUAAUGAACCAGUCAAAUCUCGGACUAGCCGGUCCCCCCAACACAAAAUCUUAUUGGAGAAUUGCUCGUAUUAGUGUCAGACCAUGUCUUAAACAAAAUUUUGUCCAAUAAA